GUGGCCCGUGGUGGGAAGUUUAAGCGCUUGUUGUUUAUCAUUCGAGCGGUGAUAUAUCAUAAUUAAACUUUUACUUCGCAACGACGACAUAACGCCAAUCGCCAAAUAACAUAACAAUGAACAGCAGUGAAACCGAAGGUACUUCAGUGCUUGAGGCAUUGACCAAAAUGAAAAAGGUUUUGGCAAAAAAACAAAGAAAGCUACAGAAAUAUGAAAACCAGAAGCGGAAAAGAGAGCACCGUAGAAUAAAGUUGUUGGAACAGAGACAGAGUGCAAACCUGGCUUUACCAUGUGAGGUGAAUGGUCAGAGACAUGCAAAGAAGAAGCCCAGGGUUUCCUUUAACCUGGAGGCGAGAGUGCAUACUGUGGGAAAUGUUCACUGCCAUAGCACACCUGUACCCAUCUCCUCACAAGAAUUACCCUGUCAAAGCUGCCCAAUGGAUCCCCAGGAGGAGAUUUGUGUGGAGCCUCCUUCAAAAGUGCAACGUGUGACUCUUGACAAAAGGGUUUGUAAAAAUACUUUGCAUAACAGCAUAGAAGCUAAAAGCAUGGCUUCUGAGCAACGAAUUGCUGACUCUGAGAAAGAUGCGUGUGAUUGCCAAGUUUUAUUGGAUGAUACUACCUCUAACAGAUUACUUCCACUUACUGUUGUUAACAAAAUAUUUGAGUACAAUGUUAGUGAUAUAGAAAAUAUACCCGACACGCUCAUGAACAGCACCAGGUUAGAAUUCCCAUGCACAAAGUUAACAGUCUGCCACAGUAACGGUAAUGAACAGUCCAGUAGUGAGAAAAAAGUAAAGAUGACAAGCGAAAUUCCUUGCAACGACAAUCUAACAUGUGGUCUCAACCCUGCAGGUGAUGACUUACGUAUUAUUUAUAAUUCAUUUAGUGAUAACACUGCAGAGCUUUGUGAUGAAAAUCAAUCAGUAGAAGUGAGCAACAUGCCACUUAGCGGUGUGGAUGCGGCAGCACAUUAUUCACAGCAUGGAAGUAGUGAUUUGCAUGUCAAAUUCAUACCCACAAGUCGGCAGAAAAGGCGAGGUAGGAAGAUAUCAGACAUUCCUGUCACUUCCCUCAGACGAUCACCAAGGAUUACAGAGGUAAAGAACAGCCAACAACGUGGGAGCUUCAUUACUGGCUGUGGUAGACUCUCCCCAGAGGCACAAAUUGCCUUCUUUUUUCAUCCAAACCUUUCCCGACAGGACUUGACGCAGGAAAUUAAUUUCAAACUCCCAAAGUGUGAGUUUCAUGAAUUGAUUCGCACAAAGUGUGCUGAGGACAAAUCAUCAAUUUCAAAACGAACUGAUGAAUCAAUGAGUACGAGAAAGAAAGUGAGAGCUAUGGAAAAUGCACCCACAAUAUACCCGCAUCUAGAAAUGGCGUCGAACACAGAAAAUACUGAAGCUGGCUGUCAUCAGUGUAGUAAAAAUAAAAAUGUGACUGGAACAAUUGAGAAGCGGUUAGUUCCUAAUGACGCCACUACAAAUGUAGAAUUGAAUAUAAUUUCCUCCCAACCACGUGCAGCUAAAAGUCCCAUGCUCAGUGGUUCUACUAAACACCAAAGCCAUGUAGGAGCCACACUAGAUUUGUUAGGUGUUAGGUUAACUUCAGAAUCCCAAGGUUUUCAGGUACCGAAUAGCAUGAGCAGGGGAACGUCGGGUCAAGGACAGCAGCGAGUAAAAGUACUAAGCACACUGCCGCCACCUGAACAAGAUAGCACUGGUCAUUGUGCGCCACUUGUAGCAGAUGACACAGCGCACAUUGUUAGUGGGAAUGACACUUACAUAACUGCUUCUCCGAGCAUUCUCGAAAUCGUGGGAAACGAAGCUGGUGAUCCUGAAGUGUUUGUCAGUCUUGAAAGGAAAGAUGCCCCACAAGAGUCAAAUGUCAGAGAUGUGAAAAAUUCUAGUUUAGAUUUGAUUGAUGGUAGCACACCUGUUCUAUCUCCCUGCAUGCUGGCCCUGACACCAAAAACUGAGCUGGCAGAUGUUGGUGCCAGUGGAAUGCCAGUGGAUCAAGAAAAUGGUGAACUUUUUAUUCAGUGUAUGGAAAGCACAUCAGACAAUAGUAUGCAAGCAUGUUGUACAAACUCCCUACGUUAUAUCCCACCAGACAGCUGUGAACAUGAAGAAUACAUUGAGCUAUCUUGCCAUGCUACUGCUAGGCAAUGUCACACGCCUGUUGGAGAAUAUGCGGUUAAGGUGAGGAGCAGUAUUGCCGAUUUGUCAGGCAGAUCAGCCAAGAUAGGGCCGAGAUUGCAAAUUUCCCAAGAAACGAACACGAUCCCUUACCAGCCAGUGGUCCAGGGAUUUGAAAUGAAUACCGACCAGGCCAACACAGGUGCAUUGUCCUCUAAUGUGAAUGUUGGUUCGCAUCCAUCGACAGCAACGGUGCAAUAUGGAAGGAAAGCUGCAAGAGCAGAGGAUGGUGAUACGUCUGCUAUCUUCCCUGCUGCUAAUGGGAAGGAGGUGGACGAUUGCGCGUGUACAUGCUGGAGGCUCACCGAGUGCUUAAAGGCAGAAGAAAAAGACCAGACAGUGAUUGGCGUUUGCAUAACACAGCUGGACAGAUCUGCUAAUGGGGCUGCAAUAGUUGCAGUGGCGUAUACACAGAAUUCACUAACAGCCUGGGUUGGCAAAGUUGAAAAGAUGCAAGAGUUUGCUCGCUGGCAGAGCAAUGAGGGUGAAGUGAUACAGGAGUGUCGUCUGUUACCCACGUGUUCAACGCCAGUCAUCAUUGCUCACACUGACUGCGAACAGGGAACUGUGGUGAAGUUGCUAGUAUGUACUGAGCCAGGAUUCUUCAGUGAGGCUGCCGUGCUGAAGAACAGUGCUGCCACCCAGCAGGACAGCCACCACAGUAUUUCGUGUGUCAUGGACAGCAGAGAUUUUGUAGUGGCAUUCUGCAGUGACAAGACUAUACUUUUAGUAUACAGUUUUAAUUCGAGAGAUUUGUCUUGUGAAAAAAGAGAGCUAACACAAGUGGUGGGCUCACUGACAACUUUAUGCAAGAUAAAACAGCUUGAUGGUGGAAUACUUGGCCUACUAGGGAAAAGUGUUUAUUUAUGGAAUACAACAAGUGGAGCCAUGGUAAAGGAAUUUUCAAUGAACCAACACAAUCUAUCACCACCAUUGCUUUUUGCAAAGGAGGAAAUGGGCUUUGUGUUCUUGCUAACUUCGUUAGCGGAUGGAAGGUUUGGGUUGCUGGCAGUUGGAGACAAGUUGACAACUCUGCUGGUGACCUACGACCACGAGGUCACGAAUAUCGCCGGCAGAACGGUGGCCUGCGUGCUCGGUCACCACCUGUAUGCAGCAUGGCGAAGUCUGCUGCUUGUCUACAACAUACUCAGUGGCCAGUGCUUGGCGCGUGUGCAGCUGCAGGACUCUAUAACGAGCAUUGCCGUCUGUAAGAGCACCCUACUCGUCGGCACCGAAAAUGGAUGUGUCCACUUUUACAGUGCGCAUUACGCAUGCAAACUGCAGUGAUGAAACGUGCGCAGCACAGCUUCUGUUAUUUCAUCGCCACCAAAGUGCGUUGGUCAUGCAGAGCUGGUCUAGGAAUAAAAGUUGGAAAUGCAUUUUUUAA